UUCCUUCUAAUCAACAUGCGACAGUAAUGAGAAAACGUUUCCCUCUAAGUUCCGUGUAAUUGUGCUGUUUCAAGUGAAGUGCGCAAGUUGUGGACUACCCGCCAGUCGAAACCCUACGCAGGUGACGGCCAUUUCGGCCCUGGUGGCCGUCAUGCUGUCUUCCAACGAUAGCUUGGCUGCCGAGCUGAUGGUGGUGUCGUCGUUUGCCUACGGCUACAUCUCGCUCAUGAUGCUCGCGGGCGGCAUCGUGUCCCCUUACACGCAAGCAUUGCUGCCGCUGUCGCUAUACUAUCUGCUGUACCACCUCAUUGGCAGCGCCUUCCUCUUGCUCAGCGGCGGUUGGCUCAUGGGCGUGGCCAAGGGCGAGUUCCUCAUGCAGGUCGCGGCGGGUUCCGGAAUUGGCUGCGGGAUAAUGCACUUUCUGCACGGCCUGUACACCUUCGUGACGGUUUUCCACCAGCCCGAGUGAAUGGUGCCAUCGCUUAGACUUUUCGCGUCUUUAUAUAUAAAAAGAUUGUGACUCUA